AUGUCACGUGACGUGCGUCUGUGCUGCAGGACGAGUAACGGGAAGAGUACCGUCAUCAACGCCAUGCUGAGGGACCGCGUGCUGCCCAGUGGCAUCGGACACACCACCAACUGCUUCCUGAGGGUGGAGGGCACCGACGGCGACGAGGCCUACCUCACCACCGAGGCGUCCAAUGAGAGGAGGAGCGUCUCCACGGUGAACCAGUUGGCUCAUGCUCUCCACAUGGAUCCCACUCUGGACUCUGGCAGUCUGGUGAAGGUCAUGUGGCCUAAAAGUCGCUGCACUCUGCUGAGAGACGACCUGGUGCUGAUGGACAGGUGACACACACACACACACACACACACACACACACACACACA